UCGCUCGGUGGGUCAAUGGUGGUUGGCUAAGGCGCGAACAGGUUCGCAAAUGCGCAGAAAUCAAUCACAGUCAAAGGCAGCAGCAGCAGCAGCAACAACAACAACAGCAGCAGCAGCAACAGGUGACAGGUGCCACAGAAAUUGAUGGUUCUCGAUUUUCGGUUCUCGCUGUGCAGCUCAUUGUGCCCGGUGGAUGCAGUGCGUCUAAUGCGCAAGUGCAAGUCGCAUGUCCUGUAAAAUGUCUGUGUGCGCACUCGCACUCGCACGACCGCCCGCAACAGCUGCCGUAGCAAGUACCGUUAACGGACAAGUAGGAACGACAAAAACAACGCCGCCAACAUCGACGCCGCCAACGCCGCCGCCAUCGCCGCAGGUGCGCAUCUACGAGGACUUUGACAGAAUGAGCGCCAAGGAGGUCUAUUACAAUGAGGCGGGCAAGAAGGUUACCGUCAAGCUGCUGCACUUUCCCGACGUUCUGCCCGAGGACAUUGCCAAGCUGCGCUUCGAUGACGAGGACGAUCCCAAUGCCGAUGCCGAUGUCGAUGACGACGAUGGUGUCGAUAGCGAUGCGGGUCGCGCUGCCGGCAGCAAGUCGCCCGCUAAGACCAGCGCCGACAGCGAGGAUGGCGGCAGCGAGGCCGAAGCGCCCGCUCAGGAUGCCAAUUGCAAUGCCACAGCAGCUGCCGGCACAAGCGGUGGCAACAGCAGCGGCGGCGGCGGCGGCGCCACAAAGAAAAUCUUUCGACGCAAGCUAUCCGGCAACAAUAUGCAGGCACGCAAAUGCAGCCUGGCCUUUGCCCAGGCGCACGGCAUCAAGCAGCGCGCCGAAAAGAAACUAUCGAUGCCCACCAUUAGCAUUACGGCCAAUCCGGGCGAGCAUGUCAGCUUGUCGGCCGGACGCAAAUUAUCGCAGCAGCAUUCGCUGCCGCUGAUGAUGAUGUCGACGCCGCCGCGUCGCAGCCAUUCACCGCUGGGCCAGAGCCUCUGUCCCGGCUACAUACAGUACUCCAAGUCGCUGCUGGAGGUGCCCAUGCCGCGCGAUUAUGGCUAUGCCAGCAGCGACGAUCUGAGCUCCGAGUGGGACUCUGAUGUGUCCACGUCGGCGGCCUCAACCACAGCGGGAACGGGCUCGGGCACUGCGGCCGCGUCCGCAGCAAGCGGCACCAAGAAGAGCUCCGGCUGGCGCAAAAUACGAAACAUUGUGCAAUGGACGCCCUUCUUUCAGACAUACAAGAAGCAGCGCUAUCCGUGGGUGCAGCUAGCCGGUCACCAGGGCAACUUCAAGGCCGGUCCCGAGCCGGGCACCGUCCUCAAGAAGCUCUGCCCCAAGGAGGAGGAGUGCUUUCAGGUGCUCAUGCAGGAUGUGCUGCGGCCCUAUGUGCCCGUCUACAAGGGCCAGGUGACCAGCGAGGAUGGCGAACUCUAUUUGCAGCUGCAGGAUCUGCUUAGCGACUAUGUGCAGCCCUGCGUGAUGGACUGCAAAGUGGGUGUGCGCACCUAUCUGGAGGAAGAGCUGUCCAAGGCCAAGGAGAAGCCGAAGCUGCGCAAGGACAUGUACGACAAAAUGAUACAAAUCGAUGCACAGGCUCCCAAUGCCGAGGAGCAUGCGGCCAAGGCGGUUACCAAGCCACGAUACAUGGUCUGGCGCGAGACCAUCUCUAGCACCGCAACGCUGGGCUUUCGCAUUGAGGGCAUUAAGAAAAGCGAUGGCACCAGUUCCAAAGAUUUCAAAACGACCAAGUCACGCGAACAAAUUAAAUUGGCCUUCAACGAGUUCCUCAGCGGCCAUCCACAUAUUCUGCCACGCUAUAUACAACGCUUGCGGGCCAUUCGCGCCACCCUGGCCGUAUCCGAGUUCUUUCAGACGCACGAGGUGAUCGGGAGCUCGCUGCUCUUUGUGCACGAUCAGACGCACGCGAGCGUUUGGCUAAUUGACUUCGCCAAGACGGUGGCACUGCCUCCGCAGAUGCAUAUCGAUCAUUAUUCGGCGUGGAAGGUGGGCAAUCAUGAGGAUGGCUAUUUGAUUGGCAUCAACAAUCUCAUUGACAUAUUCGUCGAGCUGCAGGCGGCCAUCGAAACGGAGACCGCAACGGGCACAGCAUCUGGCACCGGUUCCGGCACUGGUUCCGGCUCCGGUUCGGGUUCAGCUUCCGGUUCCGGUUCGGUUUCACCAGCGCCCGCCUCGAGCGGCCAGGAUGAGGAGGCCGGCAAGAUGUGAAAGCCAGAGCAAGAAAAUAAAAAUCGAUAAAAUAUAUAUAUAUAUAAACAUAUAUAUACAUAUCGAGAUAUAUAGAAAACUAUAUAGUUAACGAUAAUACUGAAGCGUUCCAUGGGGCUGCGCCCCGCCAAGGAAAUUUCCUAGCACAUUCCGCAGAAAUGUGUUAAAAAAAAGCAACAAAAUGAAAUAUGAAAAAUCAAUUAAUUAACCAUUACCCAAACUUAGUCUAGUUGUCAAUCAUAUAUAUAUAUAUAUAUGCAUAUAUACCUACUUGCGUAUGUAUGCAAUUUUUUUUUUGUUUUUUUUCCCACUCUCUCUUUAACCCGUUAAGAUUAAAAGCAAAGACUGAACAACAA